CCUGGCCCGGGUCACCCUGGCAUGAGGAGAUGGGCCUGCUGCUCCUGGUCCCGUUGCUCCUGCUGCCCGGCUCCUACGGACUGCCCUUCUACAACGGCUUCUACUACUCCAACAGCGCCAACGACCAGAACCCAGGCAACGGUCAUGGCAAAGACCUCCUCAAUGGAGUGAAGCUGGUGGUGGAGACACCCGAUGAGACCCUGUUCACCUACCAAGGGGCCAGUGUGAUCCUGCCCUGCCGCUACCGCUACGAGCCGGCCCUGGUCUCCCCAAGGCGUGUGCGCAUCAAAUGGUGGAAGCUGUCGGAGAACGGGGCCCCAGAGAAGGACGUGCUGGUGGCCAUCGGGCUGAGGCACCGCUCCUUUGGGGACUACCAAGGCCGCGUGCACCUGCGGCAGGACAAGGAGCAUGACGUCUCGCUGGAGAUCCAGGAUCUGCGGCUGCAGGACUAUGGGCGUUACCGCUGUGAGGUCAUUGAUGGGCUAGAGGAUGAAAGCGGUCUGGUGGAGCUGGAGCUGCGGGGUGUGGUCUUUCCUUACCAGUCCCCCAAUGGGCGCUACCAGCUCAACUUCCACCAGGGCCAGCAGGUCUGUGCAGAGCAGAGCGCGGUGGUGGCCUCCUUUGAGCAGCUCUUCCGGGCCUGGGAGGAGGGCCUGGACUGGUGCAACGCGGGCUGGCUGCAGGAUGCCACGGUGCAGUACCCCAUCAUGCUGCCCCGCCAGCCCUGCGGCGGCCCGGGCCUGGCACCUGGCGUGCGAAGCUACGGCCCCCGCCACCGCCGCCUGCACCGCUAUGAUGUAUUCUGCUUCGCUACUGCCCUCAAGGGGCGGGUGUACUACCUGGAGCACCCUGAGAAGCUGACGCUGACAGAGGCAAGGGAGGCCUGCCAGGAAGAUGAUGCCACGAUCGCCAAGGUGGGACAGCUGUUUGCCGCCUGGAAGUUCCAUGGCCUGGACCGCUGCGACGCUGGCUGGCUGGCAGAUGGCAGUGUCCGCUACCCUGUGGUUCACCCGCAUCCUAACUGUGGGCCCCCAGAGCCUGGGGUCCGAAGCUUUGGCUUCCCCGACCCGCAGAGCCGCUUGUACGGUGUUUACUGCUACCGCCAGCACUAGGACCUGGGGCCCUCCCCUGCUGCGUUCCCUCACUGGCUGUGUAUUUAUUGAGUGGUUCAUUUUCCCUUGUGGGUUGGAGCCAUUUUAACUGUUUUUAUACUUCUCAAUUUAAAUUUUCUUUAAACAUUUUUUUACUAUUUUUUGUAAAGCAAACAGAGCCCAAUGCCUCCGUUUGCUCCUGGACGCCCCACUCCAGGAAUCCUGCCUGCUCCCCUGGGCCAUUUGCGGUUUUGUGGGUUUCUGGAGGGUUCCCCGCCAUCCAGGCUGGUCUCCCUCCCUUAAGGAGAUUGGUGCCCAGAGUGGGCAGUGGCCUGUCCAGAAUGCCGCUCGCUGGGAGUCCGGGCAUGGUGGGCACAGUUCUCCCUGCCCCUCAGCCUGGGGGAAGAAGAGGGUCCCGGGGGCCUCCGGAGCUGGGCUUUGCGCCUCUCCUGCCCACCUCUACUUCUCUGUGAAGCUGCUGACCCCAGUCUGCCCGCUGAGGGGCUAGGGCUGGAAGCCAGUUCUAGGCUUCCGGGCGAAAUCUGAGGGAAGGAAGAAAUUCCCCUUCCCCUCUCGGUUCCAAAGAAUCUGUUUUGUUGUCAUUUGUUUCUCAUUUUUCCCUGUGUGGGGAGGGGCCCUCAGGUGUGUGUACUUUCUUUGGACAAUAAAUGGUGCUAUGACCGCCUUCCGCCA